AUGGAGAGGCCCGAGAUGGAUGGCUCGUCUGGUGUUCCGCAAGCCUUACAUUUGGAAUCAGGGGACCGUCGUGUCUCCUUCUCGGGGAGAGGUUUCGCUGCGCGCGGCCAGCCGCUUGUGGAGGCGCACACGAGCAAUAGCGUACGUCCACCUGCAGCGGAGAGGAGGAACACCCCGGGGGUGUUCUACACGUGCGCCCUGUGGAUCAGCCACACGCAGCGGACCCUCGGCGCGCUGAUUCAGUACAACAACGCCUUUAGUGUGUUGCUGGGGCUGCCCCGAUUCUGCAGCGCGUCGGGCAUGUUUGCGCAGGCUAAUAUAGAUGAUUUUAAUGCCAUCAUGCGAAAGAAAACGGCCUCGCUGCUCUGCAGACUACGGGGUAAAAAACCUAAUGAAGUCAAGAAGGUGGCCUCUCCAACAUCCUGUUACGUUAUUGCGACGAACGAGGCGAUUGUCAUGCUCAUACCUUUACGAAAUUUAACAGCAAUAGAGAGAGAAGUGAAAGAACACCAGCAAAUGCUCGGCUAUUGCAGACUUGUUAAGCUGACGGCUCUUAACAGCCGCGAUGUGUUCUUUAACUCUUUCCGCUGUGCCAACGCAGAAUUGAAGAAACACUUUAGCAAAUGCAGAGAUGGAGAGAUCCGUGUUCUCAAAGUCAGCAUUGAAGAAGAGCAACUGACAAUGGCAAAAGAAAUACCUACAAAUGGAAAUUGGGAACAAGACUUCGAAAGAUAUAUGCCCCAACUUAUCAUUGAAGAUCAGCCUUGCUACAUAUUGUACAGGUUAGAUUCCAAGAACUCUCUCGGUCACGAAUGGCUGCUGCUCAGUUGGUCACCAGACAGCGCAGCGGUCAGGCAAAAAAUGUUAUAUGCAUCAACUAAAGCCACUUUGAAACAGGAGUUUGGUUCGGCUCAUAUUAAGGAUGAAAUGCAUGCUACAACUAAGGAGGAAGUGAGUCUAAAAGGUUACAGAACACAUUUAAGUGGUAUUAGUGCACCGGCGCCACUCACACAUAGAGAGGAAGCUUUGAAGGAACUUCAACAAAGUGAAACCAACACUGACUACAGCACUGAUUCAAGCAUUAAACCUAUAAACUACCUGAGAGAGGGUAUCAUUGGAGGUGACCAUAUGGAGAGUAUAGUGUUCAUCUACUCAAUGCCUGGCUACAACUGUAGUAUAAAAGAGAGGAUGUUGUAUUCGAGCUGCAAGGGACAGUUCUUAGACAUUAUUGAGAAAAUGGGACUUGUUAUUGAAAAACGGAUAGAAAUCGAUGAUGGCAAGGAGUUGACAGAAGAGUUCCUAUAUGACGAAAUUCACCCCAAGAGAAACCUACACAGACCGGCGUUCGCCAAGCCAAAAGGUCCACCCAACAGAGGUGCUAAGCGCAUUACGAAGUCACAGCCUGCUCAGUAAUUUAAUUUAAUAAUAUUCAGUUUUGUAUCACCACCACUUUCUAUCCUAAAACAGCACUGAUGUGCUGCAAAUUGAUUGGUCCAGCACUAAUUUGCAAUUUUAUGAAUACUACCUAAUACCGUAAUUGUAAGGCGGCGGUUAUUUCUCACCAGGUGUACCCGCAAACACUGUUUGCCAUUAUCAACUAUUUUAAUAAGUUGGAUUUUGUAUUUGUAACUAAUAAUUCUCUUCAAAAAAUGUAAGUCUUUAUGGCUGACAGUUUACUGGAUCUAAGAGGACCUUGUCUUGGUUUUUUUUUAACCAAACAUCGCCGCUGAACAAAAAAAGAGUAACAAAAGUUCAUUUUGGUUAUUUAGAAUAGCUUACUUUUGUUUUAUGGAAAAAUAAUCAUUGACCAUACAAAAAAUAAAAGGUGUUAUUUUCAUAGCUGUUUCAUGGUUAUUGUCAGAGAUAUUAAUGGGUUGAGUACCACUUACCAACACAUUUCAGCGUCAAGCAUGUAAAAC